AUGGUGCUGCGGUGGCUUGCGCUGGUGCUAGCUACAGGUGCUGCGGGGGCGGACGAAGCUUUCCCGUCAGUGCAUGCGCUGAUUGGGCGCGUGGCUGGCUCAGAAGCUGCCCUGCACUUCACGUUGGAGGAGGUGCCAGCGGACACGAAGGGCCGAGAGCAGAUGUCGCUCAGAAGCGAUGGGCAGCGGGUGGUUGUGGGUGGGACGAGCCCCGUUGCGGCUGCGUCGGCCUUCAACUGGUACCUCAAUGAUUUUCUGAACACCACAUAUGACUGGUCGACGUACCAGGUUAUCCUGCCGCAGGGGUCGCUGCCGCUGCCGGCAUCACGGCUCACCCGGCCACGGCUUGUGAAGUGGUCUUAUCACCUGAACGUGUGCACGUAUGGCUACAGUCUGGCUUUCGUGGAUUGGGAGUAUUGGCAGAAACACAUCGACUGGAUGGCGAUGCAGGGCAUCAACCUUCCCCUGGCCUUCCUCGGCCAGGAGAAGGUUCUUCAACAGGCCUUCGCUCGCUUCAACAUCACGUUCCAGGAGCUCCAGCAUUUCAUCUCCGGGCCGGCCUUCUUGCCGUGGUUCCGCAUGGGCAACAUGCAAGCUUGGGGCGGCCCGAUUUCGCAGGCGUGGAUCGACGAUAGAGUCCAGCUGCAGAAGCAGGUGCUCGGCAGAAUGCGCGAGCUCGGUAUGAAGGCGGCGUUGCCCGCCUUCGCAGGCUUCGUGCCGCCUGCGUUUGCGACCAAGUUCCCGAAAGCGAACCUCACGCACUCGGCGGACUGGAACCGGUUCCCAGACCCAUAUGGCAGCGUGUCCUUACUGGAGCCCACGGACCCGUUGUUCAAGCAGAUUGGACAGGCAUGGGUUGAGGAACAGACGAGGCUGUAUGGAACUGACCACGUCUACCAGACCGACACCUACAACGAGAUGAACCCCAGGUCAACGGACCUCAGCUACUUGGCCUCCUCAUCCAAGGCCGUGAUUGAUGCGAUGCAGGCGGGAGACAAGGACGCCGUGUGGUUGAUGCAGGGCUGGCUCUUCCUCUCGGGCUUUUGGUCGAACGAUCGGGCCAAAGCCUACCUGAGCGGAGUGCCAAACGACAAGAUGAUCAUCUUGGACUUGGACUCUUCCGACAGACCUAUUUGGACGAAGACGAGCUCUUACUUCGGGAAGCCUUUUGUGUUCAACACGCUGCAGCAGAACUAUGGCGGUCAGCAAGGCGUCACCGGCAAUCUGCCGCGGAUCGGCGACGCAUUCAAGAAGGCGUUGGCCGAGUCUGCGGCACUAAAUGGCGUCGGAGUCACGAUGGAGGGGAUGUGGACGAACUACAUCACGUAUGACUUUACCCUCUUGCGCCCCUCGCUGCCUCAGGGCGCGCUGGCGGCGCACGCGGAGCUGCCCAUCUCGAUGCAACUGCGAGUCAGCCCGUUCCGCUUCGGCUCCAUAUGGUCGAGGAUGCUGUCGCAGUUGGCGCCGAAGGCUGCGUCGGUGAAGGCCUUCCGAUUCGACUUGGUCGAUGUGGGACGCGAAGUUCUCACUGAGGCUUUCGACCGCCAGCUUGCGAGCCUGAAAGCAGCAGAGGUCGCCAAGGAUGUGAGCAAGGCACAAACAGCACAGCAGGGAAUGUUGGAGGUACUAGACGACCUGGACUCCUUGCUGUCGACGGACGAGAACUUCAUGCUUGGGCGUUGGUUGGCAUGGGCGGAGCAGUGGGCGCACACAGAUGCUGAGCGCCAGCUGCUGCUCUUCAACGCAAGGAACCAGCUCACCCUCUGGGGCCCCACGGGACAGAUCCUGGACUACGCCACAAAGUCAUGGGGGGGCUUGGUCAAGGGCUUCUUCCGACCGCGCUGGGCCUUGUUCUGUGAGCAGGUCAUCGACGCCAUCAAGAGUGGGAAGUCCUUCGAUCAGGCGGCCUUCAACGCGGACGUGCUGGCGAAGGUCGAGCUCCCCUGGCAAAACAGCACGGAGAAGUACCCGAGCGAGCCGACCCAGGAUGCCAUCGAGGUGUCCAAGGCCUUGUACCAGAAGUAUGUCGCCACAGCGACACUUCAGGCUGUUGUGGUGUGA